AUAUUAGGCUAUAUGUAGGUAUUUCUCGACCUUGCCCCCUUAUCUGGUCUUCAACUCUACCCAUUUCCUAGGAAGAAGGCGAACCAGACCUUCACUCUCCAGAACAAUGGCGGGAAUUUGCGCUUUAAAAUGCCCUUGUUUUCGUCCAUCUUCUUCUCCCUCUUUUUCUUUCAAUCUACUGCGAAGAAAUUCAUACCGUGCCAGAUUGCCAAGAAUAUAUGCGUUUUCCAGCAACAAUAUUAAAGUGGGCUCCAACAUUGAAGUGGAGGGAACUCCUUGGAGGGUUAUUGAGUUUCUCCACGUGAAACCCGGCAAAGGGGCAGCAUAUGUGAGGACCACGCUACGCAAUUACUUGACAGGAAAUCAAGUCGAGAAAACUUUCAGAGCUGGAAGUAAGAUUGAAGAGGCAGAUAUAUUUAAAGAAACCAAACAGUAUACUUACAAAGACGGUUCCCAGUAUGUCUUUAUGGACUUGAGUUCAUUUGAAGAAUUCCAUCUCAAUGAGAAAGAUGUCGGGAACAAAUCGAAGUGGCUGAAAGAAGGCAUGGACUGCAAUUUGCUAUUCUGGAAGGGAAAAGUAAUUGAUUUUGAACUCCCUAUCACAGUGAAGUUGACUGUGGUUGAAGUUGAUCCAGGUGUGAAAGGUGACACAGCACAAGGUGGAUCUAAGCCAGCAACCGUUGAUACUGGUGCUGUGGUUACUGUCCCAUUGUUCAUAGAAAGAGGCCAGGAAAUUAUGGUGGAUACUAGAACUGGGCAAUACAUGAGCCGAGCGUAGCCUGCUUGGAAUUUUAUCGUUUUUGUACAAGUAGAAGACUUUGCUAUCUUUAACUAUUUUGGACAACCAACCAACUUUUUCUCCAUUUGGAUUUCGAGAGAAUGUUCUGCAGCUGUUAGUUAUAAAAGAGCUUCUGAUGUUAGCAGUUGAUGUAUCGAAGGUGUAUCUUGAUUUAGUACUGUUUACUAAACAUGCACAUGCACAUAAAAUGGCGACUCGCCACCACUUUGGUAUCUAUCAUGAUUGUUUUGCCUAAA